GUGAGAGAGGCGGGAGCGUUUGUAAACAAACUGACGUGCAUGCAUGUGGUGGUGGGGCUGUGACUAAGGAUGGCAAGUCAAACCAACGGGAAUGUUACAAGAAAAACUGAGAGUUAUGAAGCAUGGAAAAUAAGAUCUAUCAAGUUUGCGAAAGAGUGGACUCAUGUGAAAUCGUUACCUUUUGCCAAAGCUUGUGCAGCCUGCCUUAAUCUCAACAGCAUGUUGAUACUGUUUCCAGUUUGUAGGAAUCUAAUUUCAUUCUUCAGAAGUUCAGUGGAAACCAAAGCAUGUUGUAAACGAAGUGUUCGUCGAUUGCUGGACAAAAACCUAGUUUUUCAUAAGACAUUGGCUUACGUCAUUAUCCUCUUUACUCUCGGCCACAUCAACGCACAUUACUUUAACUUUGAAAACUUAUUCAAUUCCCGCGUACACCCAGAGACAGAUAUUCAGAAG